UUUCUUCCAACUUGCUGCUCAAUCGAGUGAACAGCCUGCCGACCAAGGAUCCGAGGAAGUGAGGUCGUACGAAACAACCACACCAAAACAUAUGGCCGAUCCAUCGUCUCGCCCGAAGGCAUGGCCUCUGGCCGGUGCUCAGCUCAACGACCAAGUAGAUCCUAGAUCUGGUCGAGAGGGCCUCUCAGUUAAGCAGCUCAAGAAGGGUGCUAACGAAGCCACCAAGACCCUCAACCGAGGUAUCUCAGAGGUCAUCAUUCUGACGGCCGAUACGGAGCCUCUGGAGAUCUUGCUUCAUUUGCCUCUGCUGUGCGAGGAGAAGAACGUCCAGUACGUUUUCGUCGCCUCGAAGGCAGCUCUGGGUCGUGCUUGUGGUGUCUCGCGGCCCGUCAUCGCUGCCAGCAUCACAACAAACGAAAACAAGGAGCUGCAGAGCCAGAUACAGACGAUCAAAAGGGCCAUCGACCAACUGAUGUAUUAGUCGAGCCCGCCUGGCUUCCCUGUGGAAUUACCUGAAUGUGUGUGGUACAU